AGAGGUAGAGAGAGAGCUAGAAAGAGAGAUAGAUGGAUGUUGCACGUGCUCCGCUCCGUAUCUGCCCGCGCGCCCAAUGAAUGAACUUCCUUGGCGAUUUCUGGACGGACUCUACUGCUUAUUUAUCCAUAACCGCGCGCGCCGCCGCGCUGCCAUCGAUCCCGCCGCACUGACGCACGCGCCGCAGUGGGCUGCCCGCACCUCGCCGCCCCGCGCCGCGCCGGUACGGAGGUCUGCUGAAGACCCUCAGAUCUUCAGAUAGAGGCUUCUUCUUCCUUUCCCCGUCUUCCUUUCCUUUCCCCCUCUUCCUCCUCAUCUUCAAAAUCAGCAUCUUCAUCAUCCUUUUCUUUAUUUAGCGUCAGUUCAAGUUUGAUCAAUAUCACGCCGCUGGUCCAAUUGGAGGAGCCGCCGAGCACCAGAAAGAGACCAACCAACCACCACCAUCUUUGGGAUAAGAGUCUCUCUCUCUUUCUCUCUCUCUCUCUCUCUCUCUCUCUCUCUCUCUCUCUCUCUCUCUCUCUCUCUCUCUCUCUCAAUGCGAUGAACCCAACCGGUGCACAGUAGACGACGCGAGCGCAGCGCGUCCACGCAACCCGGAGGAUUUGCGGCUUUUUCCUAUUUGUUUUGUUUUAUUUCUAUUGCGCGCGCGCACCGCUGCGUAUAUGAAGUGUAUGAAUUCAGUGUGUUUUUUAAGCGGCUGAUUUUUGUUUUUGGGGAGACAUGAGGAUGAAGAUGGCACAAAGCGUGCUCCUUUUUCUAACGUGGCUCUUUGGCAGAUCUCUCGGAGGCUUCCCCAACCAGAUAAACAUAGGCGGGCUCUUCAUGCGUUCCACAGUGCAGGAGCACAGCGCAUUCAGGUUCGCUGUUCAGCUCUACAACACCAACCAAAACAUGACUGAGAAGCCCUUCCAUCUAAAUUACAACGUAGAUAACCUUGAGUCCUCCAACAGCUUCUCCGUCACCCAUGCUUUUUGCUCCCAGUUCUCCAGAGGGGUUUAUGCCAUCUUUGGCUUCUACGAUAAGAAAUCCAUGAACACGCUGACUUCUUUCUGUGGCGCCCUCCACACUUCCUUCGUUACCCCCAGUUACCCCAUUGACUCUGACGUCCAAUUCGUCAUCCAGAUGCGCCCGCCCCUAAAGGGGGCGGUCCUCAGUCUUCUGACCUAUUAUCGGUGGGAGAAGUUUGUGUACCUCUACGAUACAGAUAGAGGGUUCUCCAUCCUCCAGGCCAUAAUGGAGGCGGCGGUGGCGAACAACUGGCAGGUGACGGCUCGGUCGGUGGGGAGUAUAACAGACCCUCAGGAGUACAAGCGGAUCAUUGAGGAGAUGGACAGGAGGCAGGAGAAGCGCUAUCUCAUAGAUUGUGAAGUGGACAGGAUCAACGUCAUCUUAGAGCAGGUCGUAACCCUGGGCAAGAACAGCCGAGGAUACCACUAUAUCCUCGCCAACCUGGGCUUCUCCAACGUCAGUCUGGACAAGGUGUAUUUUGGCGGCGCAAACAUAAGUGGCUUUCAGAUAAUCAAUCCUGAAAACCCGAUAGUGCAGCAGUUCCUGCAGCGCUGGGACCGGUUGGAUGAAAGGGAAUUCCCUGAGGCGAGGAACACUCCUCUGAAGUACACUUCCGCUCUGUCCUACGACGCCAUCCUGGUGAUAGCCGAGGCCUUCCGGUACCUGCGGCGCCAGCGGGUGGACGUCUCGCGGCGAGGCAGCGCAGGAGACUGCCUGGCCAACCCAGCCGUACCCUGGAGCCAAGGCAUCGACAUCGAGAGAGCCCUGAAAAUGGUACAAGUGCCGGGGAUGACGGGGAAUAUCCAGUUCGACAGUUUCGGCCGCAGAUCAAACUACACCAUCGACGUUUACGAAAUGAAAACAGGAGGACCCAGAAAGAUCGGGUACUGGAACGAGUUUGAGCGCUUUGUAAAUAUAAUGGAUCAGCCGUACAGCAACGAUUCGUCCUCAGUGGAAAACCGAACAAUUGUGGUCACUACUAUUAUGGAAGCCCCGUAUGUGAUGUACAAGAAAAACCAUAUGCAUCUGGAGGGCAAUGACAAGUAUGAAGGCUACUGUGUCGAUUUAGCUUCAGAGAUAGCCAAACACGUGGGGAUUAAAUACAGGCUGUCUAUAGUCAUGGACGGCAAGUACGGCGCCCGCGACCCCGAGACCAAGACCUGGAACGGGAUGGUGGGUGAACUGGUGUAUGGGAGGGCAGAUAUAGCCGUCGCACCGUUGACCAUAACGCUGGUCCGAGAGGAAGUGAUAGACUUUUCCAAGCCCUUCAUGAGUUUGGGAAUCUCCAUAAUGAUCAAGAAGCCUCAGAAAUCCAAGCCGGGCGUCUUCUCCUUCCUGGACCCGCUGGCUUACGAGAUCUGGAUGUGCAUCGUGUUCGCCUACAUCGGCGUCAGCGUGGUGCUGUUCCUCGUGAGCCGAUUCAGCCCCUACGAGUGGCAUCUGGACGAGACGGAUGAAGCCAAAGACCCCCAGACUCCUCCUGACCCGCCUAAUGACUUUGGGAUUUUUAACAGCCUGUGGUUCUCUCUGGGGGCCUUCAUGCAGCAGGGCUGUGAUAUCUCACCAAGGUCCUUAUCGGGCAGAAUAGUGGGAGGUGUCUGGUGGUUCUUCACCCUCAUCAUCAUCUCGUCCUACACGGCUAACCUGGCUGCCUUCCUCACAGUGGAGAGGAUGGUCUCGCCAAUAGAGAGCGCCGAGGAUCUCGCUAAACAAACAGAGAUCGCCUAUGGAACGCUGGACUCAGGCUCCACCAAAGAGUUCUUUAGGCGCUCCAAAAUUGCCGUGUACGAGAAAAUGUGGUCUUACAUGAAAUCGGCCGAGCCGUCCGUCUUCGCCAAGACCACUCCGGACGGCGUGGCUCGCGUCCGCAAGUCGAAGGGCAAGUUCGCCUUUCUGCUGGAGUCCACCAUGAACGAGUACAUCGAGCAGAGGAAGCCCUGCGACACCAUGAAAGUGGGCGGAAACCUCGACUCUAAGGGCUAUGGUGUGGCGACCCCCAAGGGCUCAGCAUUAAGAAAUGCUGUUAACCUGGCAGUUUUAAAACUGAAUGAGCAAGGCCUCUUGGACAAAUUGAAAAACAAAUGGUGGUACGACAAGGGAGAGUGCGGCAGCGGGGGAGGUGACUCCAAGGACAAGACGAGCGCUCUGAGCCUCAGCAAUGUAGCCGGAGUCUUCUAUAUUCUGGUUGGCGGGCUGGGUCUGGCCAUGAUGGUGGCUUUAAUAGAGUUCUGUUAUAAGUCACGGGCAGAAGCCAAAAGGCUGAAACUCGAAAAGAAUGCCCAAAACUUUAAGCCCACGCCGCCGGCCAACACUCAGAACUUUGCCACGUAUCGAGAAGGCUACAAUGUGUACGGGACUGAAAGCGUUAAGAUCUAGGGCACAGGCUCACUGUGCUGCCCCACCAUGAUUGUGACAAGAAAACCUUAAAAGCGAUGGCUGGAUCUUUAGGAGGGACCAUCCUCUCCCCCUCCACCACCCGCCCACUCCAUCUCACAUCACCCCGACCAUCCCGCCCUGCCGGAGGAGGCGUGGUUACGGAGAGAGCGACAGCAGCGACUGUCUGAGGGAAGAAUCUGGACGCGUUUCCUUACAGUGCCUUACGGAACAUUCUGAGAAUCACUCGACGAAUGCAAACCCAUCACGAUGACAUCCACAUAUCUCUCCGAUCACACACACACUCCACACACACUCCACACAAACACACGCGACGCGCGAGCGAAUGCCAUCGUCAUCUGUGAAUAAACUCUUGAACUCUAGAACGUAACUCCAUGAAAACCGAGAAACAAAGCCAUCACUUUGCAAUCUUUUAGCACAUUUCUGAAGAGCCAGACGGACUGAAAACUGAAAACUGUUCUGGGGACAGUCAGCGUUCGCGGCGUCUGAGCGCUGCUGGACUUGGUUGUCAAGCAAAUCUACAAAAGAAAAAACUUUAAAAAACAAAAAAAAAAAAAGAGGAAAAAGCUUGUAUUUCAUUAAACUGUAAAUUUGCUUUCACAAUCACACAGCCAUCCAAUCAAAGCAUUAAUUUAUCAAAUUUUAAAUUCUUUCAACUAGAAAUCAUUUAAAUGUGAGAGAGUCUGAUUAUAUGCUGUUACUUGAGUAGUCGUCAUUGUUUAUUUUUCCGUUCGGUGCUGCGGAUUUCUCCGAAAUCUGGCAUCCUCAGCCUCAACCAUACAGGCUCUAGUUAUAUAAUACAUUUUGGCAGUCGGUAACUGAAAAAUGCACAUUCUGUAUUAUUAAUAUGACCAAAAAAUACAAAUAAAUAUACAAAAAAAAAGAGACGUAUUGCGAUGUGAGCACUUAACAAGCGUUAAGCUGCAAUCAGAUGUUUCAGAUGUUACACAAGAUUCACCUGCUAGUAUUAAAACCUUUUCAGAGACAGUAAAGUAAAGCGUAUCUACAGUAUUUGCAUUCGCUUACUUACAAUCUUACUUUUUUUUAUUGUAGUUCUCAGAGCCUACUGUACAAGAAACUUGAAGCUAUACGAUACACGUGAACAGGAUCAUCUAAAUGUAGAUAGACCGCAAUCAAAAAAUCCAUCGUAAAAAUAAAAGAGGAUAUGGCUGUUAAAAACGUAGUGUUUCCUCCCGGUUCUGUCGCACACUUAAACAAAAGCUUUGGGUUUUUAACUUUUUUCGUUUUUUAGUUUGAGAGCAUUUUAGCGUUGGAUGAAUUACUUAGUAAAAAAAUAAAAAAUAGCAUUUAUAACAAAAACUACGAAUAGAUUUUACGUACACAAGGUGAAAACAGGGGUCGUCUUAAAGCUUAGCACAUUUACAUUUUGCUGAAACACUUUCUGUUCACUUUGAGAAAAAACAAACGAACUAAAGAGAAAACUGUGAUUCUGUAGGAUUUAGGAAAGAUCUCGGUCCUGAACCCUGAGGAGAGAGAGAUAGAUAGUUUUAUAUAGCAAAUAAAAAGCUUUUAAAAGAGUUUUAAAAGAAAAGGGAGAUAAAGAACUAUGAAGAAAUGUACAUUUUGUUUAAAUGUGAUGAAGAUUUCUAGCAGGAUUCAGAGUGGAGUGACUGAAAUCCCCACCUCUCUCUCUCUCUCUUUCUCUCUCUCUAUUCUUUUUCUUUUUUCUUUUUUUAUUUGAAAUAAAUCUGCAUGUGAAAAAUCUGUGAUUGCCUAUCGAGCCCUGCAACUUCCAUCCAAUCCUAGAAGAGCAGAAGAGCAGAAAAGCAGAGCGUCAGUCUUGGAUUUUGACCUGAUUUCACCCCGUUUCUCCCUCCCUGUUUCUGCACCUCGGCCCGGAGAAACUCGCCAGGCUGAAUCCUCGUGAUAAACAAAAGAAAGAAGUGCAUGCGUGGCUAUAAUUUACUGAAACCUCAUUAGCGAGGCCUUGUACAAAGAAUUUUAAUACAUUUUGUAAAUAAAACCUGUAUAGAAAACA